AUGCUACGGUCGUCAGCUCGUCCGUAUGUCUGCUGGAGAUGUCUUUCGCAUACCCGUAAUGGCUUGCGAUCCCCCAUUCCAUCGUCGGUACAGGCUUUGAAUAGCCGACGACAAACCUAUGCUACAUCGACUGAAGAUGGUCCUCAAAAUGCAUUUGGUCAAUCGCAUAUUCCUACGUCUCUACCUAAAUCGCCUCCCACCAUAGAUAAGAGGCCAAUUCGCGAAAGACUUCAAGAAUGGGUUACGGUGAACGACCCCGAAAGGGAGGUAACUCAUAUAGUUCCAGAUCUUUCGUUCUGGACAACCGUGACAAACAGCAACACUCGGCCGCAGUCUACCGGUUCAUCUGAGAUGGACAACUUCAAAUCGGAUGUAGUCGGCAUGGUAGACUCAGUCGAGAAUAUUACGGCGGACGAUGCCGAAGUUGCUAUUGUUGGACACAAGACACAGACCCCGGGUGACCUGGUGGAGAUGAAACAGCCCGGCUCCCGAAUGCCUCUGUUUGGUAUAUACUUGGGAUACUUUGGAGGCAGGUAUCACUUUUAUACCAACACUGGCAGAUGGGCCAUCAGUAUGGGCUUCUCUGCGCUCUUUUCUGUCUCCAAGUUCGUCUCGGCGAGUGAGCUGAAGCCAAUUCUUGAUCUGAUUCCUCCGCAUGCCACAGCAGAUGAAUACGAAGAGCUACGAAGUCAAGACAGGGGCCCGGGACGAGAAGUCGGUGCUCAUCUGAUUCAAAGAAUGAAGAAUUUCAUGUCUGAGGCGGAUCAAGCCUACCAGACAAGUCUCAACAGCUUAGAUCGGGCAAGAUCUUUGGUUUCAGACGGGAAAAGAACCAAAUAUUUAAGCCUGUUUGAGCUGGCUGACUUGCUACUGCCCAGAUCCCUCAAGCAGGGUGACUUGUUUCCCCCUCCUGCUCUGUACGCAGUUCAUACGGCUCUCUUACGCAAUGAUUUCAUCUUCCGGCCAUUAAGUCCAUCGUCAGACUGCCAUCGAAAAGAUCAUCUUUUCGAAAUCUUUCCAUACCAAGAUUUCAUGAUGAUCAAUCGGGUGGCACUGAUGAUCCGCGAAUAUAUUCACAUAAUGGGUAGGACGACAGGAAACAUAUCAACACAAGAGCUCUCGACUACUGCGUUUGGUACAUUCAUCCUCAAAGCGAGAGAAGUUGUUCUUGCCAACCGAGAGAAGCGCUCUUGGACACCGUACGGAAUCCUCGCUCCUACGUCAGGAGUGACCCUUGAAAUAAAGGAAUGGUCGAGGAAGCAUAUGGAAUUCAUUCGCUUUCUGGAGUGGUGGGCGAGCUACGAUCUAUUCGAGGAUGCCUCCUAUCUGCAUGCAGACGGGGCUCUGCUUCUCCGAGCACUGGGGCUAUACGAGGAUACCGAAUUGGACCGGAGCUGUGCCUGGACAUUUCUACAGGAACUGGGUAUAAUUCCGCCUUGGGAAAUCCCUUCUCGUUACAAAGUUCGUUUCCCAGAAGUCAAGAUUCAAAGUGGAGGUGGCCUCAUCAGAGAGAUGCCGCUCAGCAUUGAGGGUUCAACUCGGCCAGACGUUGCAGAGGGGGCCAGAAGAGCGUGUGUUGACAAGCCCGUUUUCUGUAUCGACGCUCCCUCGACUAUGCUUAUCGACGAUGGUGUCUCUCUGGAGCGCACAGACAAGCCUGACGAGUUUUGGAUUCAUGUGCACACAGCCGAUCCGGCAUCAGGCAUCCGACCCAAUUCUGAGUUGGCCAGGUUUUUGGAGUUGAUUCCCGAGAAUAUUUAUCUUCCUGGUCACUUCCAGGCCAUGCUACCGCACGAUCUUGGGCUAGAAGAUUCAGGAGACUACAAGUCACAAAGCUUGGUCGAUCAAUACUCUCUUGCCAAUGGCAAACCUGCCCUUACUUUCAGUGCAAAGGUCAACGAGAAUGGAGAUCUGCUCGAUUACAAGAUUGAGCCGGGUACUCUGCACGAUGUCAAAUACUUGGAUCCUAAAGACGUUGCUGCGUUUUGCAACGAGCCUUCACCUCCUGCGGUAUCUAAUCAGAAACUUGUUGUGGGCCAGCUGCCUGACAAAAUCAACAUGCCACCAAAUCGGCCCAUGAUGCUGGCGAAAGAUCUGGACGAUAAGAGCAAAAAGGACCUUAUGACCCUAUAUCGUCUUGCUGAAGCUCUAAAGGCAAAGCGUCUCCAAAAGGGAGCUUGGCCGAUUUUCUUACCCGGCGCUUCUGUCACUGUCGCAUUUGAGGAUGUACCAAUGGAACAAGCUCAAGAUACCAAGGUUCUGCCAGCUGAUCCAUACAUCGAAGUUGGGUUUGAGGCAUUUAACGGAGCUUCUGUGGUAUCAAACACCAUGGUGCUUGCCGGUGAGAUUGCCGCAAGAUGGUGCUCCGACCGCAAUAUUCCUCUCCCUUACCGCCGAGACGUGCAUUCGAAAAACAACAUGCCCAAGCUUCUCCAAUAUGCCACCAAAGAGCUGUAUCCUCUCCUGAAUAAAGGUCUAUCACCGUCGCUUGCGCAGCGUCACGAAAUGUCUCGAAUGACAGGUGGUAUCGAAAUGUCGACAGAGCCCGGGCCGUACUUCAUGCUUGGUCUGGACAUGUAUGCCAAAGCCACCUCUCCCCUUCGCCGCUUUUCUGACCUCAUCGUUCACUGGCAAAUCCACGCGGCACUGGCACAUGAGCGCAAGGUGAAGCGCAGUAUAGACACUCAAGCUGAUGAACUGAACGAAAUUCUACCUUUCACGGACCAGACACUCCCCAACACGCUCUCCCUUCUGCGCAUGCGUGAGAGGAUGGCCAAGACCGUGUCUCGCGGCACUAAGGAGUGGAUGCUAAUGGCACUCGUGCGGGCCUGGAAGUUCGAAGGUACAGUACCGAAGCAAUUCCGUUUCACCGUCGAUGCUCGGUGGAAGCGAGGCGUGUCUGGCAGGAUAAGCCUGUUUGACAUGUCGGCCAUUCUUACCGUCGAAGGCAUUGAUGGCCUUGUACUCUUGAAGGACAUCCAUGUGGGCGAUAACUUCGAUGUCGAGCUAGCCAAUGUCAACGUUCACUCACGGCAAAUUUUCGUCAAAGCGUCCAAGCACCAUCCAAACACCCGGCCAGGGCUACAGAAUCCUAAGCAGCCGGCACUUUCCCCGGACGCCCCGGCCGCGACCCUGGCCUCGUGA